AUGGGUAUCAGAUUUCGUAAAUUUGUGCUUACCGGCAUUGCCGUGGGUGCGGGAGCUUACUUAACGACGUCCUACUUGUUAGAAAAUCAAAAUUUUCACAUUAAAAACGUUUCGGCAGAGGAAGUCGUAGAUGCCAGGCAAAUGUAUAGACGAGUCAAAAGGUCGCUCCCUCAUCGUUCCGAACAAAUUAAAUCCCUUCAAAAUGAUUCUUUCGAUGUUCUCAUCAUUGGCGGAGGUGCGACGGGAUCAGGUUGUGCGUUGGAUGCAGUUUCAAGAGGUUUGAAAACGGCUUUGAUUGAAGCCGAUGAUUUUGCAUCGGGUACCAGUAGUCGAAGUACGAAACUUAUCCACGGUGGAGUUAGGUAUUUGCAAAAAGCCAUAAUGAACUUUGACGUCGAACAAUAUAACAUGGUAAAAGAAGCUUUGCGAGAACGAUCGAACAUGCUCGAAAUUGCUCCUCAUUUAACGCGGCCUUUGCCCAUCAUGCUUCCCGUUUAUAAGUGGUGGCAAGUUCCGUACUAUUGGUUCGGAAUAAAAAUGUAUGAUUUUGUUGCCGGAUCAAAAACGGUCAAGAGUUCUUAUUAUUUGUCAAAAGAAACAGCCAUUGAAUUAUUUCCAAUGUUGAAAAAGGAUAAAUUGUGCGGAGCGAUUGUGUACUACGACGGGCAACAAGACGAUGCCAGAAUGUGCUUAUCACUCGCUCUGACUGCAACGAGAUACGGAGCAACAGUUGCCAACCAUGUAAAAUGCAUUGACCUGCUUAAAAAUAAAACGGAAUCGGGUAAAGAGGUAAUAUGUGGAGUUCGAGCAAGAGACGAACUUACGAAAGAAGAAUGGGAUAUUCCGGCUAAAUGUGUCAUAAAUGCGACUGGACCUUUUACGGAUACGAUCAGAGAAAUGGAUGACCCUCAAGCCCGAAAAAUUUGUUCUCCGAGCUCUGGCGUUCACGUGAUUUUGCCCGGUUACUACAGUCCAGAACAAAUGGGUUUAUUGGAUCCUUCCACUUCAGAUGGUAGAGUAAUUUUUUUUUUACCGUGGAUGAAAGGAACGAUCGCGGGAACCACGGAUUUACCGUGUGAAAUAACGCAUAGUCCAAAACCUACAGAAGACGAAAUACAGUUCAUACUAUCGGAAGUAAAACACUAUUUAAAUCCAGACGUUGAAGUUAGAAGAGGUGACGUUUUGUCAGCAUGGAGUGGCAUUCGCCCUCUUGUUUCAGAUCCUAAUAAACCAGACACUCAAUCUUUGGCCAGAAAUCAUAUUGUACAUUCAAGUAAAAGUAACUUGAUCACCAUAGCUGGAGGAAAAUGGACAACUUAUAGAGCCAUGGCGGAAGAAACCAUUGACGAAGCCAUAAAAGUUUGUGAUUUGAAACCAAAACAUGAAGAUUGUCAAACACUCAAUUUAAAAAUAGAAGGAGCUCACGGUUGGACUCCCACAAUGUACAUACGUUUAGUUCAAGAUUUCGGUUUAGAAACGGAAGUGGCUCAACAUUUAGCACAAUCAUACGGCGACAGAGCAUUUGCGGUGGCCAAAAUGGCAAGUUUAACAGGGAAAAGGUGGCCCAUUUUGGGAAAUAGAAUUCAUCCCGAAUAUCCUUACAUCGAAGCUGAAGUUAGGUACGGAAUUAGAGAAUAUGCUUGCUCUGCCGUUGACAUGAUCGCUCGAAGAAUACGAUUAGCUUUUCUAAACGUUCAAGCAGCUAUGGAAUCCCUGCCCGUGAUAGUCGACAUAAUGGCAACGGAAUUAAAAUGGAGCGAAGAAGAAAAAAAAAAACAAUUGAAUCAAGCCACAUUAUUUUUACAACAAGAAAUGGGUCACUCGGUGAAUAGAGCUUCCAAAGAAAAAAUACCGAUAAACCUGAGCAACGAAGAAGUUAAAAUGUACAUAAAUCGAUUCGAAAUCAUUGACAAAGACAAAAAAGGCUACGUGUCGAUAAAUGACCUUCGUCGAAGUUUAAAACGAUCGGGAGAAAACAUAUCCGGAGACGAAUUACACGAAAUAUUAAAUGAAAUAGAUACAAAUAUGAACGGACAAAUAGAAUUGGAUGAAUAUUUACAGAUGAUGUCCGCAAUUAAAUCAGGUGCAGUAUCACAUUCUAGAUUUGCCAAAGUUGCCGAAAUGGAAGAAGAACAUCAUAAAAAAGAAAUGCUGAAAAAGAAAAUAUCAGUUGAAAGAAGUGGUGCACAAAAAAAAAAAAAAAUACAAUUUGCUAUCAAUUGA